UCAAAGGAUGCAAACUGCCCUAAAAAAAGGAAGAAGAAGCAGCAUAGAUGGAGGAAGAAGACAUAACAGUCACCCUGCAGCAGAGAGCAUGAGUUAACGACAUUGAUCUACAGACAUGUCUGCAGGUUGUGUGAGGUGGCUGCUAAGCCGCACAGUGAGAGCUGUGUGUGGCGGCAGCCCUGGCUGCCGGACACCGUCAUCGAGAUUUACCGUAUGCAGCGAAAGAGCCAACAUCAUCGCUUCCUCCUGGAGGUGGUCUCCGUUCUCCACUGCUGAAAGCGACACAGAGGCGACUCCACAGAAGAAGAAGAAGCAGGAUCCCCGAGCUCACGCCACGAUCAGUACUGUCGGCCGCAAGAUCCCGCACCGUCUGAUACAGGUGAUAAGCGACACGGGCGAGAACCUGGGCGUCAUGCACCGCGCACAAGUGAUUCAAAUCAUGGACAAGGAGGGUCUCAAACUGGUGGUGCUCAGUGAACACAAAGAUCCUCCAGUCUACAGGCUGAUGAGCGGCAAACAAGUCCAUGAAGAGCAGCUGAAACUACGGGAGAAACUGAAAGCCAGACCACCCCCCGUGCAGGUGAAAGAGCUCACGUUUACAACUGGCAUCGCAGCUCACGACCUCACCACCAAGCUGAAACAAGUGGAGAGCUGGCUGGAGAAGAAGCACCACAUUCGGAUGACUCUGAAAUCAGGACGAGGGCAGACAGCAGCCAACCUGGACACGACUCUGGAGGAGAUGGUGCAACAAAUGGGGGUGAUGGUUGGAUUCGUUUCAAAGCCAAAAGUCGUACGUGACGGUCGAGCAGCCAUGUGCGUCCUCCGACCGCCUUCAGCGAAGGAACUGUCACAAAAGGGGAAAAAAGAGACGGCGACAUCGCAGACUGACAACGCAACUCCGAGCAAAACUGUCAGCAACACUGACACAACAGAAGAGACUUUACAGCAGUGAUCAGAUGGAAAUAAACAUUUUUCACAAAGAGUGUCAGAGUUUGGUGUAAGUUCGAUGUGUAAUUAUGAUGCGUCCAGCUAAAGGGGCCGUUAGUCCUUGGAAGGUGGCAGAGCUGCGGUGGUACCAGAACAUUCUCGUGUAUGUGUUGAAUGAAGAUCUUAUUUUUUUGGUGAAUGAAUAAAUGUUUCGACGCCAUUUUCAGUUGUAAUACACCUGUACUGGAUAAUGUCAUCAGCUAAAUAACAGCAUGUUGUCCUGACGCCUAAGCUAUGGGGCAACACAGGUGUUUUUUUUUUUAAAUGGGACCUGUCAAGUCAUUUUCACCAUAAAUGUGGAUAUAAAAUCAUGAAUUUGCCUCAAUCUGUACGACAUACAACACCCUCUAUUCUCAGACACUCAAUUCAGAUCAGGAAAAAGUAAAAAAGAAAUCCUUUUAACAGUGGAAAAAAUGGAAGAAAGGAAGAGCAGGAACAACCAAGGAGGGAUGUUGUGAAUCGUGACACGUUCUUGUCAAAUAAAAUCCAGUCUUUCGGUAACACAGUGGCAGUGAAAGUAAGGCAGCGACCAAGAGCUACAACGUUCCUGCAUCAAGUUGGUUGCAUUUUUCUCUCCCUCGUUUCUUAUCAUCUCUCCACUGUUUGUCCCCAAAAUGCUCCUUAGCUUCAAAAUACAAAUAGGUGAUGAAUUAAAGCAACAUUAUGUAACUUUUCUACCAUAAAAUAACAAUACAAUGACUUAUAAUCAGGUGAAUUCACUCUGCGAACUGCACAUCUGUUCUCACACUAUGUAACUUCGUGAUCCGGGUACGAUCAUCCACGAGAAGUACGUAACACUUUUAGGGCACUAAAUCACACACCACUACAACUAUUUCACUGAUUUUAUGGAGAAAAUUAUGGAGUAUAGAGUGAAAAUAUAGUGUUGUACCACGUGAAUAAGUUGUUUUCAGGGGGGAAAUGGAAUGGGAAGGGAAUACAACGCUUUUUUGACUCUGACAAUUCACAGGAACUUUUUCAGGUAAAGGAUGAUCAGCUGAAGGUGUGUGAACCACUUGAUGACAUGAAGAUAUCAAACCAACACCAGUGUGUAUCUUUCUCUGCUUUAUUUGAGAUUUAUCUUUAUGUUUUUGGUAAAAAACAAAAAUAAAAGCAAAUUUUGGCGUACAGAUAUACAUUCACUUGUCACAGAUAAAUGUGUUUGCUUGACUUGAAGGGUCAGUUCCACACUUUUAUCAACACCUUUCUCUCAACAGUAGAGAUACUGUCUUGGAACUUUUUUUUUUUUUGUGUGUGUGUUUUUAAACUAGAGUCAUACUUUUCCUAUACAUAAAAAGAGAACUCAAAAACAAAAACACCUUAAGGCCCAAAAAAAUAAAAUCUUUUCUAGAUUGUGUUAGAAAAAAAAAAAAA